AUUACCAUAUAACCAUCUCCACUUUCUGAUAACGUAAUGCGCAAACUAUUGACUAUGAGUAGAUAGUGGAGAUGCAGGGCGAAUGUAGAUAUCCUUUUAUCUGUAUUUGAUUGUAUGUACAAACUGAGAAUCACUCCUCAGUUAAUCAAAGUGUUUGCUAGUUCAUGUUAUAUGUACAUGUAACAUGUGCAUAUAAUGUUACAUAAUUGAAUAGCUAACUAUAUAUUCUGAUACUACCACUUGACUGAGUUCCUCCCACACAUUACACCUUCUUUGGAAACUAUAUAUACAUACAUAUGUAUCUACUAAAUAGUAGCUAUACAAUGAGGAAACUAUUCUUCUUGGCGGCCCUCGCCAUCGUUGCCUUCUUGCUCCCACCCACCACGCCCACUCUGACACGAACAACAGUAACCACUCAACCCUCGAGGAUCCUUUUCCUCUCAUUCUUUUCCGGUAAAUCACAUCGUCUGACCUAUUUGCCCCUCAUCCAAGAACUUGCUCGGCGAGGUCAUCAUGUCACCGUUCUCACCCCUCUCCUGAGCUCAAAUGCAACAACAACCACGCCCAAGAACAAUAUUCGAGAAAUUCAAACGCUAGACAGCUAUACUGAAUUUUUUUCGAAAUUUGAUCCCAUCAAAAUAAAAGAGACAAACGACAUGAUGAAUCCCUUUCGAAUGAUUGACCUGUUUGAGAAGAUUUGCAGAAAGAGCUAUAAGUUGCCAGAAAUUAUGGGACUGUUAAAUGAAAAGUUUGACCUGAUUUCUAUGCAGCCGCAAGUUAACGAGUGUGCAUUAGGUCUGGUAUACAAACUUGGGUCUCACCUCGUUCUGUUCUCUCCUGCUGGUGCUCCCAACUAUGUCACUAAACUCAUCGGAUCUCAUCAACCAUUCUCAUUCGCGUCUCAUUUUUUUCUCGGGUAUUCGGAUGAAAUGUCAUUUGCGCAACGGUUUGUUAAUUUUGGUUUUAAUGUCCUAUUCGACUUACAAAUGGAAUGGGUGUACCAACCAGCAAUGACCAGGAUCUAUCGGGAAGAGUUGAAUGAUGAUAGCAUUCCCGACGUGGGGGAAAUCAUGGGCAACGCAGAUUUGAUUUUAAGCAACUCUCAUUUUAGCUUAAGUGGCCAUCGAAAUCAUCUUCCGGGUGUGGUCGAGGUUGGGGGAAUCCAUUCUUUUGGAGUUGGAAGAACAAAAACCAAACUUCCUGAGGGUCUGAACAGGUUUCUCUCACAAGGUCACCCAAAAGGUUUUAUCCUGUUUAGCUUGGGCACGAUAAUCAAUACGAAUACAAUUUCAAUAGAAAAGCGAAACAUUUUUAUGAAUACGUUUUCAAAAUUAACUGAAUACGGAAUUAUAUGGAAAUGGGAUGACUCAAGUAUUCACACCCCGUCCAACAUAUUCAUCUCGAAUUGGGUGCCUCAAGAGGACUUGUUACGACAUCCGAAUAUUAAAUUAUUCAUUACUCAUUGCGGUUUAGGUGGAACUGAAGAAGCAAUUCUAAACGGAAUCCCGAUGUUGGGCAUGCCUUUGGUUGGCGACCAGCCGUUGAAUGCAAAACAAGCAGAGAGACUUGGAAUUUUAAAAGUGCUGGAUUGGAAUGAGAUCACAGAGGAAGCCUUGUUACAUGGGAUUCAGGAGGUGUUAGAGAAUAAAAAGUAUCGCCAAAAUGCGGAAGCGCUUUCAAAAAUUUUCAAAGACCAGCCAGACAAUCCAUUGGACCUAGCCGUCUUUUGGUUAGAAUACAUCUUACGACAUAAUGGAGCACCGCAUCUUAAGUCUUCUGCAAGGAAGCUAAAUUAUUUUCAGUAUCAUAGUUGGGAUGUGAUUUUUGUCUAUGUAGGAAUUAUUUUGUCUUCUGUUUGGCUUACUUUAAAGUUUUUUAGUGUCAUGUGUUGUAAAAUGAGACAAAAAGUCCAUUAUAAACAGAGUUAAUUUUAUAAAAUUUGUAUUGGAUUUAUCGGA